AUGGCUGCUGCAUGGCUGUUGCAGAGAGUGAUGCAAAGGAACCCAGUCAUUGUGGCUCAAUUCUUCUUGAGGGGGUUGAAGAGCCCGUCCUCUCCUGCGGGCCCUCUUGGAGCUUCCCAGGACAAGCCUCGGUCUAUGAGGGACCUCCCACGGGUCAGCUUCUUGGAGCUGCUUUAUAGAAUGAUGUUUCAAGGCUUCUACAGCCGCUCACAUGAACUACAGCUGUAUGAAAAGCAACUUUACGGGCCCAUAUACAUAGCUGGCAUGAAUACCGUGUCCCUGAACACUCCUAAGCUGCUGGAGGAACUCUUGAGGAAUGAGGAGAAGUUUCCUUGCCGAGGAGAUAUGACUUUUUGGAAAGAUUAUCGUGAUAUGAAGGGAUUCGGCUAUGGACCUUUCACAAAGGAGGGGGAGAGUUGGUACAAGUUGAGGGUCGUAUUGAACAAGCGCAUGAUGCGUCCAAAAGACUCUGCACAAUACGGCCACAUUAUCAAUGCUGUGGUUGCAGACUUUAUAAAGAGGCUCUAUAAUGUGCGCCAAUGCAGCCCAACAGGAGAUAUGGUGAUGAAUUUUUCCGAUGAGUUUUACUAUUUUUCACUAGAAGGUAUUGCCAAGAUAUUGUUUGAGACAAGAGUUGGCGCGCUUGAGAAAGACAUUCCACCAAGUACACAACAGUUUAUCGAAUCCAUAUACAAGAUGUUUUCCAACAGCCUCGCUGUGGUGACAUUGCCCAAGUGGAGCCGAAACCUACUGCCAUACUGGGGGCGCUACAUUGAUGGAUGGGAGGGCAUCUUCAGCUUUGCCAAACCGUUGAUUGACAAGAAGUUGGAGGACAUUCAGCAGCGCAUUGCCAACAACCAGGAAGUGGAAGGAGAGUACUUAACCUACCUGCUCUCAAACACUGAGAUGAGCACUAAAGAUGUGUAUGGCAGCGUUGCUGAGCUUCUCUUAGCUGGAGUUGACACGACCUCCAAUACUCUUACAUGGACUAUUUACUUGCUGUCCAAGUACCCUGACGUCCAGGAGAGGCUUUAUAAAGAAGUGUCAUUGAAUAAAGCCAAUGGGACCCCUUCUGCUGAGGAGGUUACCCGUAUGCCAUAUUUAAGGGCUGUCAUCAAGGAAACACUUAGGAUGUAUCCAGUCCUCCCUCUGAAUGCAAGGGUCAUUGCCGAAAAGAGUGUUUCUCUUGGUGGAUAUCAGUUUUCCAAAAAUACCGUCUUCACAUUCUGUCACUAUGCCAUCAGUCAUGAUGAGGAAACAUUCCCAGAGCCCUUCACCUUUAAGCCAGAGAGAUGGCUCCGUGAUGGCCGAGAGAGGCCAAACCCUUUUGGCUCUAUCCCAUUCGGUUAUGGAGUGAGAAGCUGUGUUGGGCGACGAAUUGCUGAGCUUGAGAUGUAUCUGGUUUUAUUUCAGAUAAUCAGGCUGUUUGAAAUCAAACCAGACCCUACAAUGGGAGAGGUGAAAUGUCUCAACCGCAUCGUUCUCAUACCAGACAGAUCAAUAAAUGUCUACUUGGUGGACAGGGGAUGAAAAGGCAAUAUAUAAUCCAUGGGCAUUGAUGGUAGCCGAGAAGUGCAAAAAUGACAUCUACACCAUGGUGAAGGGCAAUAUAUCAAAUCCCAGAGUUAUAGGAAGUAAGGCUUAAAUUAUUUCGGCCAGAUCUCCGGCGUUUCAAUAUGGCCGACGAAAAAAAAACAAAUCCAGA